AUCCCCUGCCUCCUCCUACUAACUCCAGUUUCGUUUAGUGUCCUCAGAAGGAGAAGACAUAACUUUUGGUGGCUGGAGCAACUGAUCACAACUACUUGUUAAGAUCACGCCACACUAAGGGGCCAUUGAUACUUUUCAGGUGCCUCUCCAGCUUUACUUCUUUUUUCCUAUGCCCUACAGCCUUCCCGCUCUACGGAGGUCUGCAGGCUUGCUCCUCUCUCCCUGCGCUGCUUCCCGCUCUUCGGAGGCCUGCAGCAGCGCUAUACACCCUACUGGAUGUAUUUUCUAAUACAGAUACAGAUAUAUGUGGUUCAUUCAUAUAUAUUUUUAUUUGUGUUUGUACAGGGAGAAUUUACAAACGGGCUUGGAUUAGCUGGCAUCGGAUGGUUCUCAUACCACAGAGACAACAGCUGCCAUCUACCCUGCUUCGGCGGGGGUCCCCUGCCUCCUUCUUUUAAAUUAAUAAACAAAUUAAAAAAAAAAAAAAAAAAAAAAAAAAAAAAAAAGAUUUUUUAUUCUCAAGUAAGGAGCAUUAUGGCAGACAAAACGGAAGAGCCCAGGACAUCCAAGUCCUCAGCUCAUACCCGUUCACAUACCCAGGUUUCUUUUCUGGCUUGCACAAAUUGUAAGACAAAAUUCAGUUCGGCCUCGACUGAUUCUGUGUGUGUGGCCUGUAGACCAUCAGAUACCUCGCCACCCCCUCUGGCUAGCACUUCUGAUUCUGAAUUGGUUAAGGCCUUAUCCCUCUCACUUGCAGGCAUCCAACAUCUAGCCCGCAUCCCUGAGACUUUAGACAAGGUACUUGAACGCUUAUCUCAACCUUCCAGGCUAGACGAUCGCCCCACGGGCACCAAACGCCUUGCACCUCCACCCCCUGACUCCCCAGAGGAACAAUUUACCCCCUCUGACGAGGAAGGUCUAGCCCUUUCCGAAGAGGACUCUGACCAGGAACACAUUGAUCCAGAUCUAGACACUCCUAGAACCCAAAAGGAAGUUGAAGGUCUCAUACAGGCGGUCCUCAGUACUCUUAAUAUCGAAGAUACCGUUACUGAAGUGGAACCUGCUAAAAAUAUCUUCAAGAGACACAAGAAGUGCUCCUAUGUGUUCCCAGCAUACGAUCAGCUUGACGAACUCAUCAAAGCCCAAUGGAAACACCCGGACCAUAGAGUGCAGGUUUCAAGGCGAUUCUCACAGACUUAUCCCUUUCCACAAGAGUGCACUGAACUCUGGGCCUCACCCCCGGCAGUAGACCCACCUGUCUCCAGACUAUCCAGAAAUACCACUAUCCCAGUGGCGGACGCUGCAGCUUUCAAAGACCCUAUAGACAAACGACUUGAGGGGUUUUGCAAAUCUGCCUUCACUGCAUCGGGUUCAGCCUUUCGACCUAUCUUCGCUAUCGCUUGGGUAGCUAAGGCCAUGGAGGUAUGGGUGGAACAAGCAGCUCAGCUUAUUGGAUCGGAGGAGCCUACUACAGACAACCUCCUUUCCCAGAUCGCGGACGCAACCUCUUAUAUUGGCGAUGCAGCAAUGGAUGCAGCGAAGAUGGUGGCUCGGGCUUCAGCACAAUCUGUGGCCGCCCGGAGGUUCCUGUGGCUAAAAACUUGGUCCGCCGACCUUAUGUCAAAAAGAUCUUUAGUUAGCCUACCUUUUCAGGGCAAACUACUUUUUGGAGCCGAACUUGACAAAAUAAUCUCCCAGGCAACGGGUGGCAAAAGCACCCUUCUUCCACAGACGAGAUCCAAGAGACCACCUUUCAAACGACGCCCAUUUUUUCGUCCCUUUCGGCAGACCCAACGGUCAAAGCCGCAAGCGGAUAAAACCAGCUCCAGCUUUCGUUCCCGCUACCAAAACAAGCAGAGAUCUUCUUGGUCAUCCUCUAAAGCCCCAACAAAGCCUACUCCUGACAAGUCCAAUUCUGCAUGA